AAAAAAGCUGUCAGAAUAACCUGGAUAAACCCAAUCAAAUUAUAAAGCCCUCUUUCACUUCUAUAAUUUCCACCAGAAAAUCGGCGUUGUUCUUCUUGGAGUUGCCAGAAGUUUUACUUGUAUGCAGGCAUCACAUCAACAACCCUUUGAACCAUCUGGAUUUCUUGACCGAUUCCCAGUAUCUGGAAAUUUCGAGCUCUUAGAGAGUGACCUCAUUAAUGCAGCCGAUUGAUCAACCGCUAAUACCUGGACUACCAGAUGAUUUGGCAUUGAGAUGUCUAGCAAUGAUAUCACAUGGAUAUCAUGGUAUUCUUGAAACAGUAAGUAGACGAUGGAGAAAGCUAUUCCGUAGUGCAGAGUAUUCCAAUUACAAAGCUAGAGAAGGAUGGUCUGGAAACUGGUUGUUUGUUCUCACUGGAGGAUCUGAGAAUCAAUGGGUUGCUUAUGAUCCUGAAGCUGUUAGGUGGCACCCUCUGCCCAGGAUACCCACAAGCCACCCUGACCAAGAGCACCUUGGUUUCUCAUGUGCCUGUGUCUUGAAUAAAUUCUUUCUGAUUGGUGGCACAUAUGGAGCACGUGAUCUAGUAUUUCCCCAUCAAAGAGCCCUGACGACAAAUGAAGUUUUCGAAUUUGAUCCUUUCAGAAAAGAGUGGAGAAAUGUUGCAAGUAUGAGAACACCACGUUCUCACUUCGCCUGCAGUGUUGUCUCUGGUAAGGUUUAUGUAGCUGGAGGGCGCAACACAUCAUCGGGAGGAGGGAUUGCUCUUGCUGAAGUUUAUAAUCCACUGACAGACAAGUGGGAAGACCUACCACCGCUGCCAAGUCCCCAGAUGGAUUGCAUAGGCCUACCAUACGAUGGUAAAUUUUAUGUUCUAACGGACCUUGUUGGGCUACUAGAGCAGGAGACAUCUGUUGUUUUUGAUCCGUCCGAUGGAACAUGGCUGAGUGUAGAUGAUACUUGGCCGUUUUCCAGGGCCAUGCAUUUGGGAAUUCAGGUGCUUGAUGGUGGUCAUAUAUGCACAGUUGUAGAUUGGGGUGGGAGCUCCAUUAAAACCAGGGAUGUGGAUAGCAGGGAGUGGCAUCAUAGAGGUUUGAUACCUCCUGUGAUUCUACCUGACCAUCCGCGGCCUCUAGAGGUUUUUGAUUAUGGAUUUGUUGCACUGAGAAAUGAAAUUUAUGUUUUGGGAGGAAGAGUGCUGCGAUGGGAGGAAUCUGGGACCGGGAAGUUUAACAUUGUGAAGUUGAGCACAGUUAGAGUGUGCAACCCACUGAGUUUACCUUUAAGGUGGAGGGAGAUCAGACCAAUGUGUGAGCCUGCAUUUGGCUCCAUACUAGGUUGUGCAUCCAUGGAAACAAGAUCUUUGUGAUUUAAGGUUCUAUUUCCUAUGUGCUGAUGUUUUGUUGUAAAAAUGACGAACACAUUGCAACCUUGCUCUAAUGAUCGGCUAAGAAAGGUAUUACCAAUGGAGAUUAUCAUUCGUUCAAUUAAAUUUUGACUGGUGCGAGUGAAGUGGAUCUAGAACAUUGAGGAAAAGCUGCUGGCCUUGAGUCGAAUUCUGCAACAAUUGACAGGCACGGCAAAGUUCCAGUAAGAUUGUGGUAGAUUAUUCGAAUAGCACAUUAUGGAAUCACUAAAAUAUGUAUGAAUGCUCUAAGUUUCCAUUUCAGUGGUUCUUUUUCCUGUUUCCAUAGGAACGUCUCCCCCCAAAGUCAAUAUACUGAGUUUGUUCUGUUGUUUUGAAUUACAUCUCCUGGCUUUCUUU